CGCAACUAUUACGGUUCGGAGACGUUAAAAUUGAGCGAAGGCGUGUUGUAACUGACUUGACGGGUUUAAGAUAUUAGAGAAGGGAGUUCAGUUCAUCGAGAUUGUAUGGGUAUACAAUGGGACGAACCAGUCGAGUGGUACCGAAACAAUGGCUACGUUACGAACCAGUUGGCCUACCAAUACCAAACACACGGUUUUUGGUUUUCAAAACACCUCUCAGCAUGACGCUAUCAACGAAAAUACCGAAGGAGAAGCGAUUCACUACUUUGAAUCUCCUGCAAAAAUUGGGUGAAAAAGGAAUUCAGGUAGGUCUUAUCGUCGAUUUGACAGAUACGGAUCGUUAUUAUGAACGCAGUGAUUUCGAGGGAAUGUGUAUUUCAUACGAAAAAAUCAACUGUCCUGGUCGAGGUUUUAUUGAAAGAGACGAUCUGGUGGAUGCAUUCAAUGCCGCUGUGGACAGUUUUUUGGAAUCAAAUGCUGAUAACGAGAUGAUGAUCGGCGUCCACUGUACAAAUGGUGUUAAUCGCAGCGGUUAUUUGAUAUGCCGAUUUUUAAUUGAUCGUUUAGGAUGGUCUUCGCACGAUGCCAUUGAUGCUUUCGAAAGGACUCGUGGCUAUCCAAUUGAACGCGGAUCUUACGUGCAGGCAUUGCACAGAGCUGCCAAAGAAAGACGAUCGAAAAAAAGACAUAAACAUAUCGAAGAAGUGAUUUCAAGUGAUGAGUCUGAAGUGCAAAAAAUGCUGAAAAAACGAACUAAGCACAAAAAAAGAAGGAAAAAUGAGAAUGGUUCUGGUGAAGAAAAUAGUACGCCUGAUAUGGAAGCUGUUCUUAAUCAAAUGGCAAUUGCAUUUGAGCAGCACCAGUCGUCGCUGAAUUCACUUAGCGAAGCGUCGAUGAACUUUGGGAUGGAAGUAACUACAGGUAGUACAGAAGUACAGCAAUCACAGGCCUCAUCACACAUUUCCGCUGAAAAUAGUCCAUUUAUCGGUAGUACAGGUACUGGGGAAGAAGAGGAAGACGAUGAUUUCAGUGGUGAGCAGGAUGUACAAACAAUGGGUGCAGGUGACGAACCAGAGAUCGAAGUUUCAAAAUCGAAGAAAAGACGUGAAAGAAGACUAAGAUUGCAGAAACAGUUUGAAUUAAUGAAGACAGGCAAUUUCUGGAAGAUCAAUGAAAUGCAGAAGGAAAAGUUUGGCACAUCAUAAAAUAGUGGAAGAUCAAAUAACUAAAAUCCCUUUUAAAAUUUUUAAGUUAUUUCCAUGUCAUGAUUGGUAAUGUUGUGAACUAAAUGCUUAUUUUUAAAAUGCAUGGCCGGAAUUGCAUCAAGUGCUCACUGCAUAGUCUUAGUGCUUUAUCUAAAAAAUCUGGAAUUUUAUUUGCUGAUUUUCUAAAAUUUAUUUUUUCUUUGAGCCUUCAUUAUCUCCGCUUGCCCAGUCAUCUAGUUUUACCAUGAUGCACAAACGAAACAUGUAUUGCGCAUCGUAUAACAGUUCAAAAUUUUAACCGAUGUACUUUGUUGAGAGGCGUACUGUGUUCAACCAUUUGUGAAUUUCUGCAGUUUAGAAAUAAAUAGAC